AUGGGGGUGAAAGGAGACCGGGGUGACGUCGGCGUGCCGGGUUCCCGGGGCGAGGACGGACCCGAGGGUCCCAAGGGACGGACGGGACCCACCGGUGACCCCGGUCCCAUCGGGGUGGUGGGGGAGAAGGGGAAGCUGGGGGUGCCAGGUCUACCCGGCUACCCGGGGCGUCAGGGUCCCAAGGGAUCGCAGGGUUUCCCCGGAUUCCCGGGCAGCAACGGCGAGAAGGGCGCACGGGGUCUGUCAGGAAAAUCGGGGCCCAGGGGCGAGCGUGGGCCCACGGGUCCCAGGGGACAGCGGGGACCACGAGGAGCCACCGGAAAAUCGGGGGCGAAGGGUACGUCUGGCAGCGACGGCCCCCACGGCCCCCCCGGGGAACGGGGUCUGCCGGGACCGCAGGGACCCAACGGCUUCCCGGGACCUAAAGGACCCCCCGGCCCCCCCGGUAAGGACGGGCUCCCCGGGCACCCCGGCCAGCGAGGAGAAGUCGGUUUCCAAGGCAAAACCGGCCCCCCCGGCCCCCCCGGCGUGGUGGGACCUCAGGGUGCUGCUGGUGAGUCCGGCCCCAUGGGGGAGCGGGGUCACCCCGGCCCCCCCGGCCCCCCCGGAGAACAGGGGUUACCGGGACCAUCGGGCAAGGAGGGCACCAAGGGAGACCCCGGCCCCACCGGCUCCCCCGGGAAGGACGGUCCCGCCGGUUUGCGGGGUUUCCCCGGUGAGCGGGGUCUGCCCGGCACCCCGGGCGGCCCGGGGCUGAAGGGCAACGAAGGACCAGCCGGACCCCCGGGACCCGCAGGCUCCCCUGGCGAGAGAGGUGGCCCAGGACAGGGGGGUCCCGUUGGCCCCCCCGGACGACCAGGACCGCAGGGCCCACCGGGUCCCGCCGGAGAGAAAGGCGUUCCCGGUGAGAAGGGCCCCAUGGGUCCCGCCGGCCGGGACGGCGUCCAGGGGCCGGUGGGUUUGCCUGGCCCGGCCGGCCCCCCCGGUGGCCCUGGGGAGGACGGUGACAAGGGCGAGGUGGGCGAGCCGGGACAGAAGGGCACCAAAGGCAACAAGGGCGAGCACGGUCCUCCUGGUCCCCCCGGACCCAUCGGGUCGGUCGGGCAGCCCGGAGCCGCCGGUGCCGAUGGGGAACCGGGGGCCAGGGGUCCCCAGGGACAUUUUGGGGCCAAGGGCGACGAGGGGACGCGGGGCUUCAAUGGCCCCCCCGGCCCCAUUGGGCUCCAGGGUUUGCCGGGUCCGGCCGGCGAGAAGGGUGAAACGGGUGACGUGGGCCCCAUGGGCCCCCCCGGUCCCCCAGGUCCCCGUGGGCCAGCUGGACCCUCCGGAGCUGACGGACCCCAGGGCCCCCCCGGAGGUGUUGGGAAUCUGGGACCUCCUGGCGAGAAGGGGGACCCCGGGGAAUCGGGGGCUCCGGGAAUCCAGGGGGAGCCAGGAGUCAAGGGCCCCCGAGGAGAGCGAGGGGAGAAGGGAGAAGCCGGAGCUGCGGGCGCUGCCGGACCCCCCGGGGGGAAAGGACCCCCCGGCGACGACGGGCCCAAGGGGAACCCCGGUCCCGUCGGCUUUCCGGGAGACCCCGGACCCCCGGGCGAGAUGGGGCCCAGGGGCCAGGACGGUGCCAAGGGCGAGCGAGGGGAGGACGGCGAGCCGGGGGAGCCGGGCUCGCCGGGUCCGACGGGUGAGAACGGUCCUCCGGGUCCCCUGGGGAAGCGGGGUCCAGCCGGUUCCCCCGGCCCCGAGGGGCGUCAGGGCGAGAAGGGCGCGAAGGGAGAACCGGGCGCGGUGGGCGCUCCGGGCAAGACGGGUCCCGUGGGACCGCAGGGUCUCGCCGGAAAACAGGGUCCCGACGGGCUCAGAGGUCUGCCGGGCUCGGUGGGAGAACAAGGGAAACCAGGGACCACGGGCCAGGCCGGGCCACCGGGACCGCUGGGUCCCCCGGGUCUCCCCGGCCUCAAAGGUGACACCGGUGCCAAAGGAGAGAAGGGUCACCCCGGUCUCAUCGGCCUGAUCGGAGCCCCGGGGGAGCAGGGGGAGAAGGGAGAUCGGGGGCUCCCCGGCCCCCCGGGCUCCACAGGGCAGAAAGGAGAAACGGGGAUCCCCGGUGCUACCGGACCCAUCGGCCCCGUUGGCCCCCCCGGACUUCCCGGCCCGGCCGGUCCCAAAGGUGCCAAGGGAGCCAUGGGCCAAGCGGGACCCAAAGGUGAACGCGGACCCCCGGGACCCCCCGGACACCCGGGUCCUCCCGGCGAGGUGAUCCAGCCCCUGCCGAUCCAGCUGCCCAAAAAAAGCAAGCGUUCCAUCGACGCCAGCAAACCGGUGGACGAAGAAGAAGGCGAGAACGGAGACGGGGCGGCCGCCGAGCGGGCGGCUCGCGACUACGCCGACGGCAUGGAGGAGAUCUUCGGCUCGCUCAACUCCCUCAAGCAGGAGAUCGAGGGGUUGCGGCGGCCGAUGGGAACGCGGGAAAACCCUGCCCGUACCUGCCAGGAUCUGCGGCUCAGCCACCCGGCUCUGCCCGACGGCGAGUACUGGAUCGACCCCAACCAAGGCUGCGCUCGAGAUUCUUUCAAGGUUUAUUGCAACUUCACGGCGGGCGGGGAGACCUGCGUCUUUCCCAGCAAGGACGUGCGGGAGGUGAAGAUGUCGGCGUGGGAGGAAGAGGAGGCUCCGCAGCGCUGGUUCAGUCAGUUCCGGGGGGGCAGCAGGUUCUCCUACGCGGAUUCGGAGGGCCAACCCCUCGGCGUGGUGCAGUUGACUUUCCUACGGCUCCUCAGCGUCUCUGCCCGCCAGAACUUCACCUACCACUGUCACCGCUCGGUGGCCUGGCACGACGCCGUCCUCGGGGACCACCGACGAGCCCUUCGUUUCCUGGCCGCUAACGAGGAAGAGCUCAGCUACGACACCAGCCCCUACGUCAAAGCCGUGACGGACGGCUGCGCGACACGAAAAGGCUCCGGCCGGACGGUGCUGGAGGUGAGCACGCCCCGCCUGGAGCAGCUCCCGCUGCUCGACCUGCGCCUCACCGAUUUCGGCGAGCCCGGCCAGAGGUUCGGCUUCGAGGUGGGGCCAGUCUGUUUCCUCGGCUAGGACCAAAUUGGGGGGUGUGGGGGGGUGUGGGGGUGUCCGUCCCCCCCCCUGCCCCGCCCCAUACACACCAUCGCACGAGGAGCCGAGGUGCCGGCGCCGCCAGCACC